GAAACCACGCCGCCCUUGUGCGACCUCACAGCUCGUCCUCGUUCGGCCUCGGCUGCAUCGGAGCGCCACUUCUCCCCGGGUUCACCAGAGGAAACACCACUGCACAAAAUGCUUCUCCUCCCAGCUGCUGCUCUGUGCUGUCUGUGUUCAGCGCUGGUUGCCAUGGCAGCAGAGCUGAUUCAGGAUGAUUUAACGUUGACCAGGAGAGUUGGUGAAAAAGUCUCCUUCAGCUGUCGAGGAACUCAACAGUGUUACAGUGAUUAUGUUCACUGGUACCAGAAGAAAGACACAGAAACAUUCAGAGCGAUUCUUAUUAUUUACAGGAGUAGUGGUCAUGUUUAUUCAGGUUUCAAUCAUCCUCAGAAAGAUGAUUUCUCAGCUGUGAAUAAACAGGACGGCUGUGAGUUGGUGAUCCAGACAGUUAAACUCCUUCAUUCAGCCUCCUACUACUGCAGCUGUUGGAUCUCGGACAACAUCUUUGGCUCUGGAACUAAACUGUAUGUAACAGAUGAGCCGGUAGCGAAGCCCGUGGCGAGCGUGUACCCGGCGGCGCCCGGAGCCCGCCUGGAGGGCCGGAGCGCCCUGCUGUGUCUGGCCUCGGCCAUGUUUCCCCCUGUGGUCCGGUUCUCCUGGAAAAGACGAAAGGAGAACGGUCCUCUGGAGGAGCCGCCCCCCGCUGAGACAGAGCAGCUGGAGCUCAGAGAGUCGGGACGCGCCGCCGCCAUCUUGCUGAUCCAUCAGCCACAGAGGAGCUCAUAUAAUUACAUCUGCUACGUCCAGCACGAGGGGGGCAAAGUGGAGGCCCCACCUGUACCAGUGUCAGUGUCAGUGUCAGUGUCCUUCCAGUCUCAGUGCAGGGUGAAGCUGCUCUUGCUGCUGUACUCAGUGCUGAUAGUGAAGAGUCUGGUGUACUGCUGUGGACUCUCUCUGCUGAUGAUCCUCAGAAACAAGGGACCGUCCACCAACUGCACACAUGCUGACUGACUGUUUCCUGCUCGCCUUUCCUCGCCAUCAGAUCUCAUCCCUUCAUCUCAUGCGUCGUCCUAAACGUACAAAUACAUAUACACACAUAUAUAUCUGCAGUUACUGAGUGUAUAUUCUGUGGUAAAGUGUUAUUUUGAUCCUCUAGUUUAUUUCCGCUUUGAAUUGUGACUUUUAUAAUAAUAGAAAAUGAAGCUGAAUCAUUGGCUGCCUGCUACAUAUUUUAUUGUUUGUGGUAUUUUUCUGUUCUUGUCUUUCUUUGUAAUACAUGAUGCAGAGUGUGGCAGGUUUGUCAAAUUCUUUCACUCAAACAUUCUCAAUAAAGAGAAAAAUCACAGCGUGUUUCAUGAACAUCUUUGUUUUCAUGGAUUUCACUUUGGCUUCAGAGCAAAUCACCACAAACAGAAUCAACUUCAUCGGCCAUGUAUGUUGACAGCUACGAGUCAUUUGACUGUGGUUGUAGUCGGCUCUCCAUAAACCUUCACACAGCACCAAGAACAAAUGUAGAGGAAGACAUGAAGACGAGCACACAGCUAAACAAGGACAACAAAGCCAGACAAAGAUAAGCCAACAUCAACAUAGAGCUGUUAUAUACAAGUCAGCAGGUGUGGUUGUGCCACCAGGUUCAGGGCUGACCCCCUUUUCUGACUGUGUCAGUGUGGACGUAAACCUCUACGCUGAUGACACUGUUGUUUCCACACGUGAACAAACAGCAGAGCGAGCUGCUUUGAAGCUACAACUGACAUAAAAUGAUGACACAGCAGCUUGAUCAGAAGUCUGAAUGUUGGAAACAUGAUGGCACGAACAGAUAAAUUAGAAACUUUGUGUUGAUGUUGUAUGAAAUGUUUGAACGCUCUGAUUCUUUCCCACAUGUCCUAAUAUGUUGUGUUAUGUUCCAUGUUGACGUCUGGCUGCAGUCAUUAAACUGUUUCCUUG